GACAUCUCGACCUACGUCACAAAUGACUGGACCCGGGCCUUUCAGUUCACGGCCUUUUUUCCGAAGGUUGACAAAAAUACCUCAAUAUUACAUAUUUGAGUUAUUUGCGCGAACGCGCGGGUCCAUACGAACCACAUACCAUUUGGAAGAUGAAAAUAUAAAGAAUUGAGCAAAUUCUAUCAACUCUGAAAGGUUAUAUGGACUUUAAGAAAAGAAUAAUGAUACAAAAAAUGUAUAAUAUCGUCUUUUAUUAACCAAUCAAUUUAUACACGAGACACUUGUACCACUUUUUCGGUACAUGUACAAACCGCGCGUCCAUGGCACUACCCCCCACUAUUUUAACAAACCCCAAAUUCUUUAGAUUAUUAUCUUUUCUUCUUUCUAAGUGAUUCUAAUCUCUCGCUUCAUUACGAUCAUGAACCGAAGUAUAUCCGAAGGUUAAUAUUCCCAGCAAACCUCGCGGGCAAGCCUUACUCUUGUGGUCACUUACUUUUUUUUCUUUUUUUUUCUGCGUGAUGGCAAAGUAGCUACUCGGGAACUAGUACAAUGGCUACAAAACGCAGAGAUAAAAAAUAUUUUGGAAUACGCGCCUCUCCCAAUAAACGCGGUUUUUAUUUGAUCAUUUACGGUAAUUUGCAUGAAAUCAGCUGUAAUUAUUUAGCGAUUUUAUAUGAGAAAAACGUUUUUCCUACUAUGUACUAGAGAACGCGCCGCUACGUUCUCUUUCGCAGUCAUUAAUAUAACCAGUGGAGGCGUUGUUUAGCUUAGCCAAGACUUUUCAUCUAUUAUAAUGAGAAAAGGAACUCGCUAAACCUUAAGCAAAUAUCUGGAGCAUCUUUUAAUGAUUCCCUUAAAUCCUCUGAGCCAAGAUAAUAUUGCAAUAAAGAUGCGUUUUAAAGGAUAUAAAAAAUGCACAAUUAUUUUACUAUCGUCGACGUGCCAUGAGCGAAAAACUGCUUCCGCCCGUUUAAAGAAAUAAUAAUAAUAAUAACAUUUUAAAAUGAAUAUGACGCCGUCUGGUUUGUGAACGGAUUUUCGCUACUUUUCUCUUAAAAUCGCCAUAAUUUAAUAGGCUGCAUUUUAUAUGUUACUUAGUACUAAUUAACUGGGAAUCACUGUUCAAAUGUUGCUUGAGACAUGAAUACCACAACCAUAGCAGCAAACAAACUCAAUGUAAUGAUAUGUUUAUUUCAACCUCGGACGAAAUCCGCUUGAAUCACUCUAAAAUUCAGUCCAUCCUACAUCCAUUUUUUGAACUAAAAUUUAAGUCUAUGGAUAAUAAUAUUUUUUCAAUUAUGAUAAGAUAUUUCAAAAUUCAGAUAAGAAUUAACCAAUAGUAAAAGUUUAAAGAGUCUAUCUUUUUUUAAAAAAGUAACACCAUUUGGUUCUAAUUGGAUUACUCUAUCUUUGCUUAUUGGUAUUUGUCUGUGUGAAGAACAAUUGCAAGCGAAAAAAAAUCGCACUUUGAUGUAAAGAUCCUCCGAAAUCCAGUUGAUAAUCCCUUUAUGAUUAGCUCUCAGCUGGUGAACUAAUGUGUUACCUGGACUUAAAACAUGACAACCUCGCUUCUCGACUUUGCUUGAGGCCAGAGAACGCCUUUACAUGACCCUAUAUUCUUUCAAUAAAUUAGUUCAAUUCGUAUUGCUGUGCCACAUUUUUCUUCGCGUUUGCAAAUCAUGACUGACUCACCCACCGAGUGCAUUUUCAAUCAUCUUAUUGUUAUUAUGUAAAUGAAUGGCCCCUGGUUUUCAGUCUGUGAUGUUUAGGUGAGAGGCGCACGAACGCGUUCGUGCCACACAGCAAUGGCAGACGCAAGCGGGAACACAACAAGUGUAGUGGUGACGUGCGUCUACUCCGCAUACUCUGCCAUCACCCUAGUUCUCAACACGCUCCUUAUUCUCGUCUUUUAUAAGAAGAGCCUUCUAAGGCGCUCGUACCGUUUCUACAUCUUCAGUCUUGCGCUGGUUGACAUCCUAAUGGCGGUCCUGGUGGACUCCAUAGGCGCGUAUGCGAAUUCUAGUCCCGGAAGAGCGCUCAGUUCUCGCGGGUGUCAGUACUAUGGCGCAGUCGCGUCCUUCGUGGGCUUCACCUCAGUGCACCACUUGACCGCCAUCUCCGCCGAUAGGUGGUACUCUAUAAGGUUCGUAAUGCGCCGUAAACCAAGCAAGCGAGUCACGCUCAGGGUCAUACUAGCCUUGUGGAUCUCUGGCCUGAUAUGGGCAAUACCUCCUCUCGUAGGCUGGUCCUCGUACGCGCACCAAGGAAGCUUUUCACACUGCUCCGUCAAGUGGUUCUCCGUCGAUCCUAAAGAUUACUCGUACACUGUAGUCAUAUUUACCAAGUUUUAUUUUUUUCCAAUCGCGUUUAUGACGUUUUCCUAUGUUCAUGUUUUCGUUAUCACCCGGCGAAUGGCGAAGAACGCAACGCAGCUCUGGGGGAAAAAAGCUGCUGCGACGGCCAAGUCAAUAAAGAGUGAAUCAAAAGCAGCUGAGAUAGCCUUAGUCAUGGUACUCUCCUUUUUAAUCGCCUGGACCCCUUACGCAGUGGUUUCGUUUUAUUAUAGUUUACGCGGACCAACGGGAGUUCCCCUUAUGGCCGCAAUGUUGCCUUCUCUUUUUGCCAAAGCAUCCUCUCUUUUUAAUCCCAUUAUCUAUUUUGCGAUGUCAAGGGAAUUUAGGAACUCGUGCAGGGACUUCGCGAGGCGCUAAACACGCACAAGGAGAACACUGAGCGUCACAGAUCUUAUGUGCGAAAUCGAACUCAUCAAUGUUCCUUUGCCAGUGAAAAAAGUGUGUCUUCAGACUAAAACAUUAGCUGCAUAAACAACAAUUAACAACACAAGACCCUCGAGACAGCGAGGCGAUAUCACUGCUUACCCGUGUGGGUCGAGUGUGCGUAGCUCGAGGCUGUUAGAUGGCUCUUUACCUCUUACAUCUCUGUUUCUAAUCUUAUGUAUACUAAGAAGUUAGAACAAAAGAUUGACUUAAAUAAGAGGCUGAUCAGAGAUGGAGUUGUCUUGCAAUCGCAUUUCUUUGAUCUCAUUCUUUGUUGUCUGAUUUAAUGCUUGCUUCCCACACGCAUGGAUUUGAAACCCUUCCUAAUGUCUGUCAGUGACAUUAGGAAGGGUUUCAGUGGGGACAGGACAUGUAACAAUCACGCGUGAUUAUUUGAUAUCUUGAUUUCUUUUUGAAAUAGCCUUAAUUUAACGUUUUUCUCGAUAUAACGACACAAUUUUUUCGGUUUCUUGUAAUAUAUUGUAAUUAAAUUAAACUCGUUGUUCAGCUUAAGUUCCCUUUGUGUACCAAAAAUUCAUAAACAAACCCGAACGUCCGGCUCACCUCACACUUGGGUGCUCUUUCCUUCUGCGGAUAUGUUGCGGAAAUAUUAACGAAUCUUUUCACAUGCUCACUGUCUAUAACUUAUUGCGAAACGAGUUGGCAUAUAGGAGUGAAAAUAAUGAAAACAAUAUGUAUUAGUUCUCAGAACAGUCCAGAUGAGUUGUCAAACGUCUUUAACGCCAGGGGUAGAACAUUACUUUGUAAAAUUUGUUCCCUGUCAGGGGUUUCAUUUAGACCCAGCGGCCAGCGGAACCACCAGCUAUUAUCUUCCGAGCGCCGGCUGGGAAGAUAGUCGAUGAAUGUUUUAUUUGAACUAAUAAAAUAAGUUAACUGUUUAAA